GAAUGGGGUUUCCCACCAUCACCACCCACACGAGCGGUUCUCGAUUUGCAUGAACACACACAAUAUUUCUAUAUAUAUUUACUCCUCUCAGAAAGCCUGUUUCUUCCACUUCAUCGUUUCAAUUUAUUGCUCCAUUUCACAUAAAUAACUCUCUCCGUUUCUUGUGAUGGAGCACAAGAUCUACUACCCAUGGCAAAUCGACGAAGCAAAGAAGCUGAAAAAGGAAAUUCCCCAAUUCGAAGAAAUGGCGCGAAAAUCGAAGGUGUGUGCGAGAGGGCAUUGGAGGCCGCACGAAGACGCUAGGCUGAGAGAGGUGGUCUCCCAAUUCGGCCCCCAAAACUGGAAUCUCAUCGCUGAGAAACUCGACGGUAGAUCAGGGAAAAGUUGCAGAUUGAGAUGGUUCAACCAGUUGGAUUCGAGAAUCAACCGUAAGGCUUUCAGCGAAGAGGAGGAAGAGAGGCUGCUGGCAGCGCACACAAUGUACGGAAACAAAUGGGCGAUGAUUGCUAGGUUGUUUCCUGGCAGAACAGACAACGCAGUUAAGAACCAUUGGCAUGUGAUCAUGGCCAGGAAACACAGGGAACACAACAGUGUUUACAGGAGGAGGAAACCCUCUUUUCCAAAUCCCCAAAUCCCUACUCCUUCCUCCGCUAAACCCUCUCAUUUCUUCACCAAUCUUCUAAAUGGGGAUGCAAAUGUGGAGCAUCAAUCGGAUUCCAACUCUGAAGUUUCUUCAUCUGAAUCAGCAGCCAACAGUAGGGCCAAUGUUUAUUGGUGUGGGGAAGAUGAGAAUGGGAAAUAUGACAAGGGAAACAUAGCAUUCAUUGAUUUUCUUGGAGUGGGGGCCACUUGAGAAAGAGAAAGAGAAAGAGAAAGAGAAAGAGAAAGAGAGGCUGGUUAGGAUCCUAGUUUUUAUUGCAGACAGAGUGACCGAGAAUUAGAAGGAAGAAAAGAAGCCAAAAACUAAUGAAACAAGAGUGGUCAUGUCAUGAGAGUCUAGUUAGACCUGGUAAACUGCUAAAAAAUGUGGAGCAUUUAUUGCACCUCUGUUUGGUUGCAUUGCAAAAGAGAGAAAACCAACAAAAAUCGGUGGGAUUUGCAGCAGGUAAAAAAAUAUGAGGUCCCUUCACUCUAUGUACGUAUUGUAAAUCCCAUAAAUGGUAAAAAGGGAAGAUUUUUACUGCUGUAAAACUCAUUGUAUUGUACUACUACUACUACUCCAUCAACUUUGUUAUUGCGAUUAGUAUUUUUUGUUUGUGAGGCUAAA